UUUGCGGCACACAUUUUCCACGAAGAUCUAAAAUAUAAAUUGUUUUUAACAUAAAAACAACAAGGAGCAUCACCCUCAAAUGAAGACGCAUUUUUAAAUUUUGGACUGAAAAUUUAGUUACGGUUGUGUUUUUUUUAUAAUUGUGAUUCAGAUUCGUGGAUAGUUGUCAUUACAUGUAAAUGAAAAUUUUAAAUUAUUAAUACGAAUUUUCAUUUGUUGGAAUGUUUAAGUUGCUGCAAGAUGGAUAAUACCUCUUCAUAUGCUAAGGCAGUAAAGGAAGCAAUAUUGUCAGAUUGUUGUGUCAUAUGUGGAAAGGAUCACAACAUCAAAAACUGUGAUUACAUAAAAAUAUCCAAACAUGUACCUGAUAAACCAAUGCCAACUAAAGCUAAGCUUACUUUGCCAGAUUUUCUGGAUGUACAAUUAUUAAGUGAUGGUACAUAUUCCACAAUCGUUAAAGCUCCAAUUGCCAAGGGAACUCAGUUUGGCCCUUUUCAAGCAGAAAAAACACCAACCUUAGAACCAUCAGUUUUAUUUCCUUUAAAGAUUUUUUCUUUGGAUGAAAAUGAAAAUGAGGAAUAUUUUUUAGACAACAGUAAUGAAGAAAAAUGUAGUUGGUUGAUGUAUGUUGGUGCAGCUGAAUGUCUGGAAGAACAGAACAUAAUCUGUUAUCAGGAAAAAGAAGACAUUUAUUAUGUAACAAUUAAAGACAUUAAUGUAGGAGAUGUUCUUAAAGUAUGGUAUUCUCCAUACUAUGCAUUAAAAAUGAAUAAGUCCAUUUUACAAUCCAAACCUGAUGUUGAUGAUGCUGUAAAUUAUGUUGACGUUAAUUCUUUAAUUAAGAAGCAACAAAAAAUAAUGGAGCGGAAAGUCUGGACUUGCAAAUUUUGUAGUCACAUAGAAAAUAAUAUAGUUUCAUUCGCAAAACAUAUCUUAAAACAUUACACAGCACAACAUAAAAAUAUGUGUGAGAUGUGCAAGAAAGCUUUCGGUUCAAAGAAAAAUCUGAAAAAUCACAUGAAAUUUGUUCACAAGGUGGUUUUUGCCACCACAGCUCCAAAACCACCAAAAACCGUCGACGCGGUUGCUAAAACCCAGUGUAAAGAUGUUGCCCUUGGCGGUCCUUUAUUGAAUGAUAUUUUUACGGAUAGUUCCGACUUGCAACAGUCUGAUCUCAAUCAGUUUGAUCUCAAUAUAGAUAAUCAAAAUUUAUUAUUGGAUAACGACAACUUAACUGUGGAGAAUUUACUUAAUGAAAAUGUUAAAGAUUUGGACCAUUUUAAUUUUGAAAUAGAUGAUAGUCAGAAGCAGUUUGUUUGUGAUAUAUGCCUUAAACAGUUUACUAAAGUUAAACUGCUGAUCAUACAUUUAAGACAUCAUACUGGAGAUUUCAUGUGCUAUAAAUGUUCAAAGAUAUUUUGUCGUAAGGAAAAUUUAUUAACACACAUUUGCAAUAUAAAUGCACAACAACGUUGCAACUUAUGCGAUAAGAGUUUUACACAGAAAAAAUAUUUGUCGCGCCAUCUUCAAGCCAUACAUCACAAAAAAUUUCAUUGUGUGUCGUGCAACAAAAGUUAUCAUUCAAAUAAGGAGUUGCUAGAACAUAACUGCAGUAAGGUACCUGUCGCCGACAAAGAAAAAUUUAUGUGUUCUAUUUGUAAUAAGCAUUUUUAUCGAGAACGUUACUUAAAAAAACACCUUCAAACGCAUGGACCAAGAACUAAGACUACGAAAACAGUUAAUGUCACUUGUGAUGUGUGUGGGUUGCACUUUCAAAGUAGAAAUUCAUACUACUUACAUAAGAAGAAACAUGAAGAACCAUCCUAUUCGUGCGAAACGUGUAAUAAAAAAUUUUACAGACAAGACAUUUUAAACGAGCACGUUUUAAUUCACAUGGAAUCUGAUCAGUUUGAAUGCAAUACCUGCCAGAAGAAAUUUAAAAGCAAAAAGGUACUUAGAAAUCAUGUGAAAUCUCACGAUUCUCUUAAUUCUGUGAAGUGUUCAAUUUGUGAUAUCACUUUUAAAAGCCGUCCCAGUUUAAAUAAACAUGUAAGAAAUUUUCACUCAGGCAGUAGUACUAUUGAGUAUUACUAUUGUCCAGUAUGUAAUAAAUCAAUAAAAUUAAAAAGUUCAGUUCUAAGGCAUUUAAGAAAAGUACAUCCAGAUGUCAGUAGUAUAGACGUAAAUUGUAUCAAACCAAAAAUAGUAAGCAAUUCUGAUUUAAUCAGAAUAAAUAAAAGAAAUCCAGUUAGUAGCAAAAAUAGAUCCAAGAAAAAAAUAAAUGUCAAUGUAGAAUGUAACAAUCUCCAAAGCGAAUUGGAUGAUCAAAUUAACAAUUUAUUAAAUAGUGCUGAGAAUAAUUCAGCAAUACAAAAACACGCAGUAGAUAGUUUGGUGCAAGAAUUAGAUAUCGACAGAAAGAAGGAGCAAAAGCAAGCACGAGAAGUGUGUUUAUCCAUCCCUGACUUGACGGAUAAUUAUCAAGAAAUUACGUUGGAUAAAAAUGCCUACAUACUGGAUAAUGGUACCAUCGUUCAACCACAAGGAGACUCUGACAAUGUGAUCAUAUACGUCUUAGACCAAACAUAUUAGGAGAGAUAAUAUGUAUCUUGUUUUCAGGUUUAAGUAUUCCAUUUUUAACGUAAUUUAUUUUUAGGUCAACACAAAUAGUUAAAAGGCAAUUUGUUUUGUUCGUUUGUUAUCCUUACUUGUUUAAACUGUUUUUAUAUAAUAAGUAUUGCAUUUGAAGACUUUUUUAAUUGGUUUAAAGAAAUACAUUGAUAAUGAAUUA